CUUUUUCUGCCUGGCUCUAAGCCUCUGUCCAAUGCUAACUGAAACCUGGCAAGUCUGACCCAUGUCCUCCCGUUCUUCUGCUUGCAUCUCAGUCGUCAAGCUCUUUAUUUUUUGCCCUUCAGGAAUCAGCUUGUUUGACUUUUUCCCCCCGGCAAGACUCCUCAUUUUUACGACGAGACCCACCGCACUCUUGACUUGAAGUCCCUUUCCAAAAGUCGGCAAUGGCGCAGUUCAGGUUAUCCAGGUUUGACGACAGUGGAGACGAGGAACAACCAACAUUCUCUACCAACACUCUUCAAGGUUCCGGAGGUGCAAUCAAGCAGUCCACUGUCUUGGAAGCCGCAAAAGCUGUCGAUUUUAGCAAACCGGACCAGAGCGUAGCGUUUGAGAAGAAGUACAGAGAGUUUCUCAACACGGCAAACAACGAACGAACCUCGACGAGCGGAAACAUUCUCCAUAAGCUAGCGGAUAAAUCAGAGGAUGACUGGUGGCAGGACAAGCACGAAGGAGAAGCCGGGGACGGCAGGUCAUUCUUGAGAUGGCUCCUCAAAAACUAUGAGCACAUGCUCAAGUGCGAAUACAAAAAGGACGACUCAAUUCCUUUGCAUUUCGCUCUCUACCACGAGAACCAUGCCUUUGUCAAGAUUGCUUUGGAUGGUGUCGAGCCGGAGGACUCGGAGAUUGCGCCCUCGUCUACCCUUGGGCAAAUUCUUCAACAUCGGAAUCGAGACGACGAGACUUGUCUUUACCUCGCCGUGAAGCACAACUCGGAGCAUGUCAAUCGAAUCAUCAAACUCUGCGCUCGGAUUGGAAACGAAGCCGGAGGUGUCCGCAGAAGCAACGUUUUCGCUCAGCAGUCUCUUGCUGAUAAGUCCACUGCUCUGCACCAUGCAGUCAUGCUUCGGCAAGAAGAGACUCUGGCCAUCAACUUUGUCACUGACCCCCCGCUGGCGACAAUAGUAAAUGAAUCAAUGAAGGCCGACAUGAGGUUGGAGCUGAUAUCUUUGCAAGUGGUAAAUAAAAGCCCAGUUGACGAGAAGAGGCUCGAGAUGGUGAAACUCUUGAUGGAAUCCGAGUUUAUCCAAAACACUGCCAGCAAUGUUCGAGCAAUCCUGGCCAGGAUGAACUAUUCAGAAGAUAAGGACAAGAAACAUAACAAGGCACUCAAUUUGACCCCCUUCCAGACCAGAGUAGAGGGACUGGUGAGCAGGAUCUGGAAAGCAUACCGAGCACAUGCGAUGACGGAGUUCAGGGGCCUUCCGGGGCCCAUCAAGGACAAACUCAAGAAGACGGCCCGCGAGCAAGCUUUGCAAACGGCUUUGGCCGAGGUGUAUGGAACAGACGAGAUACUCACCAUGAUGAAGCUGUUUUGCAUCGACAAAUUUCGCACCAAUAGGAAGAAUCUUUUGCAGGCUCUUUACGCUCCUGGUGAGGAGAGACACCUCGAAUUCAGCCUAUCGGGGCUCCGUGGCCAGACUUUAACCAAAGACUAUCUGAAACGACUCGUCAAGCACUUGAAGUUUGAAUCCAUUCUCAUAUGUGUUAGUCUCCCGAGCUUGAUCUUCGAAACAGAUCCGGUCGAAAAUGGGUUCCCCAUCUCACAGGCAAACUCCAAUGCACGAAGCGGCGCAAAUUAUGCUGGCGAGCGAAGAUCUGAGGCUGUGGUGGCCAAUGCCAAAACGAACGAAGCCAUGAUGAAUGGGAAAGGCAGACGAGACCUGGUAUCGGUAUUUCAGUGGCUACGAGAGAACCAUGUCCGCACAAUAAAGAGGGUUGUUGUCAUCGACGACAGCGAUCGACCACAUUCCGACGACGCGAUCGAGCAGGCCUUGAUGAACUUGGAUGUGGAAAUCUGGGACUGGAAGAAGCCUGACAUCUGCAGCGAUGUCAUCUAUUCUGUAGCCCCAAAUGUCCGGGAGGUCUCGCUUUACUGGUCAGGAAAUGCCGCUACCAUGUUGGGUUGGUACAGUAACGAAGGGUUUGCUAACCGCGAGAAGUUCAGGAAGUUACAAAAGAUAUUGCUGUAUUAUGAUAUGGGCUUAGAGAGCAAACAGAGAGUAGAGAAUCAGAUCAAAAGAUUCCGAGAGCGCAUCAACCACUCAGAACCUGCUCAACUUCCAAACGGGAAACUUACGAACGGGAAUCUUACGAACGGAGGACCGACCCACGAGCCCCAUCAACCUGACACUGAAAACCAUCAGAAUCCCGAUGGGGAUUAUGGCAUGGUUGAACGCUUACCAGCACCUGUUCAGACUUCACCUACAACCGAAACCACCACCGAGAUCACAAACAUCACCAUCAUCGAUGCAGAGGAUCCCGGCUUUCGCAGUUUCAGGUCAAGUUUCAAGACAAUAGGCACAAAAAGCAGCCAGAACGACAACAAGUGGAUGCAAGAUAUUCAACCAAUAUGCAAGUUCAUUCGCUCAAUCAAAGAUUCCAACGAAGCCGACGACGACAAGACAGUCAAGAUCGCCAUCAUCGACGACGGAAUUGACGCUUGCCUCGAUAGGUUCGACGGCAAGAUCGUGUCGGGCGCCUCCUUUUGCUCGCAAAACGGCCUAGAUGAUUCAACCGUGCCUUAUUUUGUUUCAACCAGUGACCAGCACGGCACCAUCAUGGCUGCUUUCAUUUUACGCAUAUUCCCUCGGGCACGGCUGUACGUGGCCAAACUUGAUGAGAGAUCAGGCGGAGUGCACGGAAAGCGCCACAUAACUGCGCGUUCGGCGGCUGAUGCCAUCGAGUGGGCCAUUCGUUGCAAUGUCGACAUCAUCUCCAUGAGCUGGACCAUCGAAAAGAGCAGCAAAUCCUCCGAGGAGAUCAGCGGCUUGACUUCAGCACUCAACAACGCCAAACAAAAAGGCAUCCUAAUGCUCUGCGCCGCUAGUGACCAAGGUAACAGCACCCACCUGUUCUGCUUCCCGGCAGCCAGUCACCACUGCGUUCGAGUCGGUGCCUCAACCGGCACUGGGGAGCGAUGCGACUGGGUACACAAAGAAGACUACGACAUCCUCCUUCCGGGAGAGAACGUGCCCCUCAACCUGAGCCUAGACAGGCUUCCCACAGAACACAGCGGAAGCUCCGUAGCAACGGCAAUCGCCUCCGGGCUCUGCGGGGCCCUUCUAUACUUGGCGAGAUACGCGCUCGACAAGAACAAGUGGGAGGCGCUCAAGUUGACAGAGUCAAAUGAGAUGCUAACCAUGCUUCGUUUCCUGGGCUCCUACGGUCCUGCCAACUCAAAGUUCCCCCUUGCGGAUCAGCUGGCUUUCCUGAGGAACAAAGACGCUCAGAGGACAAGAGAUAAGGCCGAGGUCGAUAAGCGAUUAAAGGACUUUUUCAAACAGUUCGAGGAAUACUCAGUCAAAGCCAAGAAGGGUUGAUCUUGAUCUUUGAGAGAAAGCCUCAGCUGAGAAGACUAGAAUUCCCAAACCUCUGGAGGGGUUUAUGAGAGUAUACUGAUAGCCCCGGCUAAGCAUGAUUAUCUCCCGUCGACUAGGUACCAUAUCAAAGAGUUUUUCCUAUCCACUGCCCUCGACGUGGUUCAACACCAACCCUCUCAACAAAUAAAUAAGAGAAUUGCUCAAUAAUACCUAUUGAUGCAAGCCCUUUUUUCGGCCGAGAAUAAACGAGAAAAUAUCAGACUCCAAGAACGAUUCUAUUACAGGGCUGUCCAUGUCUGUUUACACUCUCCUUGCCAACCCGAGUACACUUUCCAGCUUAGAAUAGAACUUACUGAUGUGCCCCAAUUGCAAUUGAAAGUAGUUACAUCCCUAUAGGGCCGCGGACAGGUGGA